AUGGAUUGCCUUGCAGUACUAGUUUCUCUGGCCCUGUUCUCAGUUUCAUGGACAACUUGUAAUGCAGUCCAUGAAAACUUUCUUCAGUGCAUGUCGACCGGCCACAACAACGAGAGUUUAAACUACUUCUAUCCCCCAACCUCCCCUUCAUAUUCAUCUCUCAUGAAAUCUUCUCAACAAAAUCCCAGAUGGUUGAAUUCAACAGACCAAAAACCACUUUUCCUCAUCACCCCCAACUCUGAAUCCGAAAUCCAAGCAUCAAUUCUUUGUAGCAGAAAUCAUGGAUUGCAGGUCAGGGUCUUAAGUGGGGGACAUGACUAUGAAGGCCUAUCAUACCGCAGCAUUGAUAUGGAGGAUGAAGCUGCAUGGGUUCAGUCUGGAGCUGUAGUUGGAGAACUUUACUAUAGCAUUGCACAGAAAAGUCCGGUCCAUGGGUUCCCAGCAGGGAUAUGCCCUAGUGUAGGGGUUGGAGGACACUUUGGUGGAGGUGGAUUUGGGACUCUGGUAAGAAAGUAUGGCCUUGCAGCAGAUCAGGUUAUAGAUGCCAAUUUGAUUGAUGUCAAUGGAAGAAUUCUCAACAGAGAAACAAUGGGUGAAGAUUUGUUUUGGGCCAUCAGAGGAGGUGGAGGAGCAAGCUUUGGAGUCAUAGUUUCAUGGAAAAUCAAACUGGUUAAAGUCCCACCUAUAGUGACAGCUUUCAGUCUUGAUAAGAAGCUGGACCAAGGUGCCAUCAAGAUUGUCCACAGGUGGCAAUAUGUUGCGAAUAAAUUUCCUGAGGAUCUCUUCAUCAGAAUUUUGAUCCAAAGUGAUGGAGAAAGCAAAGGCACCAAAGCUCAAUUCCAAUCACUAUUUCUUGGGAGAGUAAACGAGCUAAUACCAUUGAUGAACCAGAGCUUCCCCGAGUUGGGUUUGAGUGCACAAGACUGCACCGAAAUGACUUGGAUUGAAUCUGUUCUCUACUCGGCAGGGUACCCUAAAAACCAUUCCGUGGAUGUUCUACUAAGCAGAACUGACCAGUACCAUAGCUUUUUCAAGGGAAAAUCGGAUUUUGUGAAGGAACCAAUACCAGAAAGUGGACUCCAAGGGAUAUGGGAAAGGUUCUUGGAAGAAGAAAUUCGGUUAAUGAUAAUGGAUCCCUUUGGUGGAAGAAUGAAUGAUAUUUCAGAAUCCGAGCUCCCUUUUCCACAUAGAAAAGGCAAUCUUUACAACACACAAUACUUGGCGAAAUGGGUUGUGGACAAUGACACUGCAACUAUCAAACAUGUAAACUGGAUCAGAAAUCUCUACGAGUACAUGAGGCCAUUUGUUUCCAACUCUCCUAGAGCUGCCUAUCUCAAUUAUAAAGAUUUGGAUUUGGGGAUCAACCAGGAGGGUAACACAAGCUAUGCACAAGCAAAGGUUUGGGGUAUAAAGUACUUCAAGGGUAACUUUGAGAGAUUGAUUCGAGUGAAGACAAACACUGAUCCAACCAACUUCUUCAGAAAUGAACAGAGUAUUCCAAUUCUUCCUUAA